CAACGCCCCUGCGUUUCUGUAACCGCCUGAAAUCAACGAGCUGCUUCUCAUGCAUGUUCAGACGCGCGUCUCCUUGACGUUUUCUAUUAGUAUACACAUACUGUAAACAUUUCUAAAAUUAAAUGAGCACUAUCGUUAAAUUUGUUUUGUUAAGAGGCUGAUAAACUUCGUUGCCGUGCUUCUGUUGAGUAAACGAAGCGUCUCCAGGGGGUUUAUCAGAAGAAUCAUUUCCAUUAUGGCGGAUGGAGAGGGGUUUGUGGUCCGGGUCAGAGGACUUCCCUGGUCUUGCUCUGUAGAUGAAAUUCACAGAUUUUUCUCAGAGUGCAAAAUCGCAAGCAACGGGACAAGCGUACAUUUCACAUAUACAAGAGAAGGACGACCGAGUGGAGAGGCGUUUGUUGAGUUUGAAUCGGAAGAAGAUCUUAAAAUUGCUAUAAAGAAAGACCGUGAAACCAUGGGCCACCGUUAUGUAGAAGUAUUCAAAUCCAAUAGUGUUGAGAUGGACUGGGUUUUAAAGCACACCGGACCGAAUUGCCCAGACACAGCAGGAGAUGGCCUGGUUAGGCUUCGAGGUCUGCCCUUCGGAUGCAGCAAGGAGGAAAUAGUCCAGUUUUUUGCAGGGUUGGAAAUCGUGCCAAAUGGGAUAACAUUGCCGGUGGACUUCCAGGGGAGGAGUACGGGGGAGGCCUUCGUGCAGUUUGCUUCACAGGAUAUAGCCGAAAAGGCUCUAAAGAAACACAAGGAAAGAAUAGGGCACAGGUAUAUAGAGAUCUUCAAGAGCAGCCGUGCGGAGGUACGCACGCACUAUGAGCCGCAGCGUAAGGUCAUGGGCAUGCAGAGACCGAGUCCCUACGACAGGCCGGGGGGCGGCCGUGGCUACAACAGCAUGGGCCGUGGAGUCUCCUUUGAAAGAAUGAGACGUGGAGGAUACGGGGGAGAUGGCCGAUAUGGAGACGGCGGCUCGUCCUUUCAGAGCACGACGGGUCACUGUGUGCAUAUGAGAGGCCUUCCAUACAGGGCCACUGAAACCGACAUAUACAAUUUCUUCUCUCCACUGAACCCGGUGCGCGUUCAUUUGGAGAUCGGCCCCGACGGGCGAGUAACGGGCGAGGCGGACGUAGAGUUUGCUACCCAUGAGGACGCCGUGGCAGCCAUGUCCAAAGACAAAGGCAACAUGCAGCAUCGUUACGUGGAGCUGUUUCUAAACUCGACAUCAGGGAGCGGAGGUGGAGGAUACGGAGGUCAAAUGAUGGGCGGUAUGGGAAACCAGUCGUCUUACGGACACAGCAGCCAGCAGAUGAGCUCUGGCUACAGCGGUGGUUAUGGUAACCAGAGUGGCAUGGGCGGUUACAGCGACUACAGUAAUCAGGGCGGAAUUGGCAGCAGUUACUAUGGCGGAGGCAGCCGCGGAUCGAUGGGGAUGAACGGGCUCAACAGCGGAAUGGGAGGAGGGUGGGGGAUGUAGCUUUUGGGUUGCUUCAUAGCUGUGGCAAACCGGUGUCCUUUCAUUUGGUUUUCUUGUCGUUCUAUGUUCCCUUGCUUCGAAGACGGCUGUGUUUGCUGUUCUUUGUAUUGUGCACAAGCAAGCUUCUUUUGCUCUGUUCUCCUUUUAUUUUUGUAAUGAGAUUUAUUAAUUUAUGUUUAAGAGAAAGUGUUUAUCCAUGUUGCACACUGGACAGGUGCCUGUUAAUCUGUUUUUAUAGUGAAGAGAUGUUGUUUUUCUUAAAAGGGGGACACUGUGGGCAAACCUUAUCAAAGCCUUAGGCACAUGUUGACGUCUUUGCACAUGGAGGUUUAUCAGUGAUUGUAGCAUGUCAUAUCUCAAACAUCUCUCCAUCAAAGGUGUUUUGCAUGCACUCAAAGCUUCAUUGUGGCGGAUAGUUAAGGAAAAUAUGAUUUUUAUUAUUUUAAGGAUGAUUUCAAAUUGGGUAGGAAAUGAUUGGGAUUUCAUUUAGAAGCAUGAUACUGUUGUUUGCCAGCAUUUGUUCUUUUCCAUGCAUUGUACCGAACCUGUGUUUUGAGUGAAGUACACGGAGUGAACACA